AUGGCCGGCACGUGCGCCCACGUCGAGUUCCUCCGCGCGCAGCCGGCGUGGGCGCUGGCCCUCGCGGCCGUCGGCCUCCUCGUCGCCGCCCGCGCCGCCCUGCGCCUCGCCCUCUGGGUCUACGCCGCCUUCCUCCGCCCCGGCAAGCCCCUGCGCCGCCGCUACGGGCCCUGGGCCGUCGUCACCGGCGCCACCGACGGCAUCGGCCGCGCCAUCGCCUUCCGCCUAGCGGCCUCCGGCCUCGGCCUCGUGCUCGUCGGCCGCAACCCGGACAAGCUCGCCGCUGUCUCCGAGGAGAUCAGGGCCAAGUACCCCAAGACCGAGGUCCGCACCUUCGUGCUCGACUUCGCCUCCGAGGGGCUCGCCGCCGGGGUGGAGGCGCUCAAGGACUCCAUCCGGGGCCUCGACGUCGGCGUGCUCGUCAACAACGCCGGGGUCUCGUACCCGUACGCCCGCUACUUCCACGAGGUGGACGAGGAGCUCAUGCGGAGCCUCAUCCGGGUCAACGUCGAGGGCGUAACGCGGGUCACCCACGCCGUGCUCCCGGGCAUGGUCGACAGGAAGCGUGGCGCAAUCGUCAACAUCGGCUCCGGUGCUGCCUCCGUCGUGCCGUCCGAUCCACUCUACUCCGUCUACGCCGCCACCAAAGCGUACGUCGACCAGUUCUCAAGAUGCCUCUAUGUUGAGUACAAGGGCAAGGGCAUCGAUGUGCAAUGCCAGGUAAAAACUAUUCUCCCGUUCUCUUUUAUCUUUCUAUUACCUGCUUUCUUUAACUCAGUUGCUGACUCUUUGUGGUUCAAAUGA